AUGUACCACCAGCUGGACACGCCCCACGGUUUGAGAAACACUGAUCUGGAGUGUCCCAGAUACAAGCUAAACCCCAGCAGGCAGGAAGAAUCUGGCAACAUGAAGCUCACCGUUGUUUUGUUUUUGACCGUGGCUUUGGUCUCGUGCCACGUGGCCCUGGCCAAGAAGAAAGGAUUGAUCAAUAAACUCUUUAACAAAAAGCCAAAACCACCUAAAUCACACCCAAACCAGUUCAACCAAGGAAGCUCUGUUCAUAACCAAAACAUCCCCGGGAGUCCCUACAACCCCAGACCUCAGCAGCCAGGAGGAGGAGGGCAGGCGGGCAGAUACCCUGCUCAAGGAGGUGGAUACCCAGCACAGGGAGGGUACCCAGCACAAGGAGGGUAUCCAGCACAAGGAGGAUACCCAGCACAAGGAGGAUACCCAGCACAAGGAGGGUACCCAGGUCAGGGUUCGUAUCCAGGACGAUACCCAGCACAAGGAGGUUAUCCAGCACAAGGGGGUUAUCCAGGUCAAGGGGGUUACCCAGGUCAAGGGGGUUAUCCAAGACAAGGCUAUGGAUCCUACGGAGGCGGUUACCCUGGUGGAUACAUCAACCAAAACCCCAACAACCACAUCCUGAGCCCCCACUACGGCAGCAGCAGCUUUGGUCAUGGCGGAGGCUACGUUGCCGGAGGCUCGCCGUUCGCCCGCUCUGCCCAAGCCAUGGGGUACAUUCCCUCGGAGAAGUCCAGAGGGUUUGGCCGCGGGGCAGUUGUGGCGGCGGCCGGGGGUGCCGUGGCGGGAAUGGCCCUCGGGUACGGGCUUGGGAACUUACCACGGCCUCAUUUCCAUUUCCACAGUCGGGAGGAGGAGCUGUACUAUAAUUAUUACAUGUACAGGAAGUAUGGGGAAGCCGUGGCGGUCCCAGAAGCCAAGGAGGUCCCAGAAGCCAAGGAAGUCCCAGAAGCCAAGGAGGUCCCAGAAGCCAAGGAAGUCCCAGCAGCCAUGGCGGUCCGCAGCAAUGACGAUGAUGACGAUGGCGAUGACACGUACAGCGUCGUGGAGAUCGGAUACCCAGCUCUGAUCGAACAGUUGAAGAUGAGGAGGUGCAUGGGGCUGUAUCUCGUUCAUUCGGAAAAGUUUUUGAGGAAAAGCCCAACGCCCAGUCCCAAAGGAGGGGCGCGGAAGGAGACGGGAUCAGGGCAGGUGUGGCUGCUCACGGCUGCUGUUGUGUGGAUAGUGAAUAGUUAUGUGUGA